AUGCCAGUUUAUCACCAGAGUCUCCUAUCAACCAACAGGCAGACAGCUUUAGCGCGAGUGACACUGACUCUGAAGGAGAGGAAGACAGCUUCUCUUGAAACAACACUGAGCAUGAUCCGCAUGAUCAGCAGGGCCCCACUGAAAACCGCCAAGCCUGGGUGUUUUUCGUCAGCUUUUAAAAUUAUUUCUUUUCCUUGGAGACCUGGGCGGGUAGUCACCCCCUCCUCGCUCCCAAGCUGGAACCUAAAAUGUUUUUCCUUGUUUUCAGCGAGUGCUGUUGAUGGCGGUUAUUCUGAUUGGAGUAAGUUUUCAGAAUGCAACGCCUCUUGUGGACGUGGUGUGAAGAUUCGCAAGCGAUCUUGUAACAGUCCUGAACCUACGAACGGACGGAAAGAUUGCAGUGAUCUGGGACCAGCCAUGGAAUCCGAAGCAUGCAACUCAUUUCCCUGCCCCGUCAAUGGUGGUUACUCUCAAUGGUCAAAUUUUACGGCGUGCACUGCAACCUGUGGAGGAGGACUGCAGAGCCGUACACGAACUUGUACUAAUCCCCUGCCGUGUUGUGGAGGGAUAAACUGUGAACAUCUUGGACCAAGCGAGGAGACAAAGGAGUGCGGCACAUGCCGUUGUGAGGUUGAUGGUGGAUGGAGCGAAUGGUGCACUUUUACGCCGUGUAGUGUAACUUGUGGGGGAGGGGUACGGUACCGUAACAGAACUUGUACUAAUCCAUCACCACAAAGUGGAGGCCAAGACUGUCUGGGUCCAGCUUCUGAAUCACAGAAAUGCAACACAGAGUCAUGCCCGAUCGAUGGUAACUAUACAGAAUGGACUGAGUGGUCUGAUUGCAGUGCAUUUUGUGGUGGAGGCUUGCAAAUACGAUUACGAAAUUGCACCAACCCCCCUCCACAGUACGAUGGGAAGAACUGCGAAAAACUGGGACCAGCUGAUCAGAAACAAGAAUGCAACUCAGAUUCUUGCCCAAUCGACGGUAACUACACCGAAUGGAGUGAGUGGACUGAUUGCAGUAUAACCUGUGGAGGGGGUUCCCAGUCGCGAUCAAGAAAAUGUACCAACCCCCCUCCACAGUACGGUGGGAAAAACUGCGACGAACUGGGACCGACUAAUCAGACACAAGAAUGCAACCCAGAUCCUUGCCGUGAGUAACUGUGAUUUUCUGUAAUUACAUGGGCGUGCUAUAAUUUGGACGCUUACCAAAAUCACAAAAGUAAUUAACUUGAAAUGUUUGAAAAUGCUGGACAUAACCAUGGGACUUGGCUGGUGGCGAUAUAUUAUCCUUAUGCAACCAUUAGAAUAAUUGACUUCACUGAAUUUCAAUUCAAAGCAUGCUUUGCCCACUAAGGCCAUUGUUACUUAAAGGUCCAAAUAUUGUUUAUCGGUUGAUAAAUUUUAGAGAAGUUUACAGAAUGCUUCAUUAUGGAAUUGGGAAUCGCGCCGGCAUACGGACCUCUUGUUCAUUGUUGUCCCUAAAGCGUUUGGAAACUAUCAAUGUUGUUCAGCAAUGGCAGAAAAUUAACAACUUUUUGUUUCUUUGUUUUCUUUUUUUUUCCGGGUAGCAAUCGAUGGCAAUUACACGGAGUGGUCCGAAUGGUCGGACUGCAGUUUAACUUGUGGU